GGGUGGAAACGCGGGGGCCCGGGGGGCCCCUCCGUGCCCUCUGCUGUCAGCGGACGCGGCGGAGACGGAGGCCCGGGUGGCCUCCGGGGUCGUUUGCACGGGGACCUGGGAGGCUGUGGGACACCUAGGGGAAGACCCUGAUGUGAAUUUUGGGGACUUGGAAGGAGAAGGCUGGGGCGCAUGGGUGAGACUUGAAGGAAAUCUUUGGGGACUCGGGUACACCCAGGGGAAACUUCUGGGUGGGGGACAGCGACCAUCUGGGGGCUUCGUUGGGGACGAGGUUGAAUUAUGUCAUGGAAGGGGAGCGUGUUGGACUCGGGGAAGUAGGGCGUUUGGUUUGUCUAAGGUACUGGAGAAAAAGCUGGAGGAAAAUGGAAGGACUUGAGGGACUCAAAUGCAGAAGAGGUGAAGGGAACAGGUGCUUGCAUUGUUAGCGAAGUUUGGGGACCUUGGAAGAGGGUUGGUGUCAGACCCCAGCACCUGAGAGGAGAGGAGCUCCGUGGUCCCAGGGGAGGAGCCCAGUUCCCCCUCCCAGCCCUUUGUCUCUCCUGUGUCCAGACUCCAGCAGCCCUGGCGGGGCAGUCAGCCCUCCCAGGGGAUGGGCAGCCCAUGCCAAGCCUUGCAGGCUGGCCCUUGGAGAAGUCAGUAGGGGAGAAGAGGCCGGCAAAAGAGCACCGUUCCGGAGGGCGUUGGGUUGGGUGACCCUCAUUGGUGGCUGGCUUGAGGUUCGGAAUAGUGGUGAAGGGAGUCCUUGCCAUUUUCACACGACUCCAGCCAGCUCAGGGUGUGAAAGGUCCUAGGAAGUACUGCGUGUCAGGGAUACAGAGGUUUCUGGAGGCACGCCUACCCGGGACAGUGUUCCCCUGGCUGUCUUCUCCUGUGGCUUCCUGAAUCAUCUGCUGGCAUGCACGAAAUAGAAAAGUUUCAAAAAGGAGAAGGCAAGGAUGAAGAAAAGUACAUCGAUGUGGUGAUUAAUAAGAACAUGAAGCUGGGACAGAAAGUGUUAAUUCCCGUAAAACAGUUCCCUAAGUUCAACUUUGUGGGGAAACUUUUGGGUCCACGUGGCAAUUCUCUGAAGCGUUUACAAGAAGAAACCUUGACAAAAAUGUCCAUCCUUGGGAAAGGUUCCAUGAGAGACAAGGCCAAGGAAGAAGAGUUGAGGAAAAGUGGAGAAGCGAAGUACUUCCAUCUCAAUGAUGAUCUCCAUGUUCUCAUUGAAGUGUUUGCCCCACCUGCAGAAGCUUAUGCCAGGAUGGGACAUGCUUUGGAAGAAAUCAAAAAGUUCCUCAUCCCUGAUUAUAAUGAUGAGAUCAGGCAAGCACAGCUCCAGGAGUUAACAUAUUUGAAUGGUGGUUCAGAAAAUGCAGAUGUUCCAGUGGUUCGAGGGAAACCCACCUUGCGUACAAGAGGUGUACCAGCCCCAGCAAUAACCAGGGGAAGGGGAGGAGUUACAGCCCGGCCAGUUGGAGUUGUAGUACCACGAGGGACGCCAACUCCCAGAGGAGUCCUGUCCACCCGAGGGCCAGUGAGUCGGGGAAGAGGACUUCUCACUCCCAGAGCAAGAGGAGUCCCCCCAACUGGGUACAGACCUCCACCGCCACCCCCGACACAAGAGACUUAUGGAGAAUAUGACUAUGAUGAUGGAUAUGGCACUGCUUAUGAUGAACAGAGUUAUGAUUCCUAUGAUAACAGCUAUAGCACCCCAGCCCAAAGUGGUGCUGAUUACUAUGAUUACGGACAUGGACUCAGUGAGGAGACUUAUGAUUCCUACGGGCAAGAAGAGUGGACUAACUCAAGACACAAGGCACCUUCAGCGAGGACAGCAAAGGGCGUCUACAGAGACCAGCCAUAUGGCAGAUACUGAUUGUACUGUCUGAUGUUGUGAAAUAGCCAAUCUCCACCAGUCCUGUAUACUGUUCAAAGUAAUUUUUUUCUAUGAACAAUCCCUUUUUAAAUAAAUCAAAAUGCUUAAAAUCUGAAUGGAUGGAACUUAAAACUACUUUGUUGAAACAUCAACCUGGGCAGAAAAAAAAAAAAAAAGACAUGUAAAAUUUUGUUAUUUCCAGUCUGUAUAUGAAAAAAUAGGUCAUCAAAAGGAAAAAAAAUAACUUUGAUUAACUAGUGUUAAACAAAAAAUAGGUUUACUAAAUAUGUUAAUCUAUUCUUUUAACAUAAGCCUCACCUUUCAUUUUAAAGGUUUCCAUAGAAUUUAGUUAUUUUAUCUUUCAGCCAUAUGCUAGUUUUUUUUUUCUCUUGCCAACAUGCGUAAAAAGGGAAGCCAAUUACAAGUGCAAAUAAUGUGGUAUUCUUUUGUAACUCAAGUCUUGAAAUGUUCUGUAGUGUUAAGCAAAGUCUCCUCUUGCUUGAUACUAAAUAAACUUUUGAAAGAAA